CUUCAUUGCACACAACUUACUUACUUUGUUUUUAGUUGAAUGCAACAUUCUUUUGAACAUGGAUGAAGGAGGUGGUGGCGAUGGGGCCUUACCCAAAGACGAAACGUCUUGCAACGGGGAGGAUGGUGGAGAAAAAUGCAGCAAGGAUACUGACUGCGUUGAUUCCUGUAACGCUUCCCACGGAGGAACGAGCGAUAAACCUGCACCACCUUCAGCUGAUGGUGAUGAUGCCUCUUCUUUAAGAUGCCAGCUGGAGGAGGCUCGGAAACGGGAGCAAAAAUUGAUGGACGAGAAGGACGAGUUACAGAUGGCUUACAACAAGUGCAACUUGGCUCAAAGUAAAUUGCAAAGUCUCUGCCGAGAACUUCAACGGCAUUGCAAGGCAAUUAAGGAGGAGUGCCAGCAACGGAACAAAGAUGAAGAGGAGCGACGGCAAGAGGUUGCCAUGAAAUUUCAGACAUCAGUUUCGGAGAUAACAGUCAAGCUUAAUGAGCAUCACAAGCGCAACCAGUUACUGAAGGCUGAGAACAUUGAUCUGGUCACGCGACUAAAGAAUAUGGUGGAGCAGUUUGAGCGUCAUGAGGAACACUGUGACAAACUGUUCAAACAGAAACAGCUUGAGGUUCAGUUAUGUGAAGCAAAGCUUGCACAGCAGGCAAUGUUUGCUGCUGAGGAGAAGGAACGAAGUCUCGCUGAAAAGCAAAUGCUUCUAUCCGAGACUGCAGAAAAACAGCGGAAAUGUGAAGCUCUUACACAGCAGGAAGUUGAACUUCGAAGUCAGCUAUCGUUGUACACAGAGAAGUUUGAGGAGUUCCAGAAGACCUUGACGAAGAGCAACGAGGUGUUUGCUACGUUUAAGAAAGAAAUGGACAAGAUGACCAAAACUAUCCGAAAACUGGAGAAGGAGACAACAAUGUGGCGUACCAGAUGGGAGAACAGCAAUCGUUCUUUACUUGAAAUGGUGGAGGAGCGUACGAUUCGUGAGAAAACGCUUCAUGGACUGCAAGCAAAGUCUGAACGGUUAGAGCGCUUGUGCAGGGCACUGCAAACAGAGCGUACAGAGUUUGCUCGGCAGCUGAAGGCGUCACAGGAGGCCUCAACAGAUCCUGCGGUCAGUGAUGACAGCAAGUCUGAAGGGUUAGCGAGUCAUGGCAAAGCAAUCACUGAGGCUGAUAGCGGAGGGGUGGCACCAUCGCCACUAGCCAAUGCCUCUUUUCACAGCAUUGACGAGAUACCACCUCCAACUGCUCUCUCAGACCCAGCCAGUCCAGAUGAGGAACUGUCGAGCUCUUCUCAAACGUCAGAGUUACCUCUCGCUGCAAGCAGUGGUUUGAUAAGCAGUCCUGCUGGACAUUCAGCAACAGGCACAGCAUCAACUGAGGCUACCCAACAGGCUGUUGAUUCAUCUAUUUCACCAGGCGCUGCUGCUCUUGCUGCUGCUGCCGCUGUCAGCACAAGUGCCUUGACAGCCUUGCUUGAAUCUGACAACAUUGGCAAUGCUGUCAGUGUACGCGGUGGGCAUGUGGAGGGUGGCGAUUGUUUGGCGUCACUCUCUAGCACGUUAGCUACAGCGUCAGAUGUAUUGAAGCAGGCUAAUCGUAUCUCACACACGCUACCCCCACUUGAUAAGGGUUCAGCUGACACUGCGGGGAGUGAGACGGUAUCCACUGAAAAUCCUUCUCCUCACUCGGAUCUGUCGUCGCCCGAAGCUCCGGACAAUUUUGAACUUCCCUCAUGGCCAGGUGAUGGUGUGUCUGGCUAAUUAUUGCUACCACUAUCAACAUGUCGUCAUGUUGUGGUGUGUGCUGGCUAAUGUAUUCCUGAGCUCUAGCUCCAACCAUUCUGUAGCUUUUCGCUUGCAUUGAAAGUGCCUAUUCUAUGAAGUUGACAGCUUUUUUUUUGCUACAGCGUGCCUUCUGAGUUUCUCUCUUCUGAUGCCACCACUCGUGGACUUUCUUUUGAUUUUUGGAUCUGGGCCAGUUCUUGUGGUUUUGUAGUAGUCAUCUGUUAGAUAUAGUUGCAGUCUCAAGCAUUUACAGCCAGCACAACUUGAUAUGUGUGUUGCUGCGAUGCUUUCUGAGGCGUAGUAUUUGUCUCGGCAUAGGAAGUAAAAAGGCUUCUACCAAGUUGUUUUGUCGUGUUCCUGCCAAGCUACCUGCUGAAUUUGUAAUUUCUUCAACUUACUGUAGUAAGAAAGAAACGAAUCAUUUCCAACGAGAGAUUUAGGUUUUUUAAUCACUGA